CAGAAAGAACAGUCAAAAUGCAGGCAGGGCACAGGACAAAGCACUCGGGACAAAAUUGAAUUUAGUGAAUGUCACUUUUUAAUCAUUUUUAAAUUUCCCGCCGGUUCCGUCCCCCCUGUACGUCCCGACGUCACAGGGAGCGGAACCCAGAAGACAGAUGCCGGCAUCGGCCGGAGGAGAUGGCCGGGGACGCUGCAGGGGGGAGCAAAGGACAAGGUAAGUGCAGGAGGGAUCCCAGAGCAACGCCAGAUUGGUAUUUCCGAGUGUAGCUCGGGGUUACCGCUUGUG